AUGGAUGGGAAGUUGCAGUGUACGUGUUGUCGGCUGAAGUUGCAAGUGGGACAGGAAUUGUCACGCGCGGGCUCUACCCUGGAAAUGGUUCAGCCUACCGAGGAAGUGAGCAUCGACUGGAAAUUCUUACAGAGACCUAACAAUAUAGUCAUGGAAAGAGAGAAAACUAAAGAUACUCCCGAGGGGAUACGAUGA